AAUUUUUCUACAUGAUUUUAUCUUCAGGAAUUGUGACUUGAGGACUUUCAUGAUAUAAGAACAACAAACGGAAAUUUUCUUUGGCAUGAACACCAAGUAUUUGUGAAGCGAUUCGGAAUCAUUUGAUCUCCGCUUGAAAGGGGUGGACAAGGCUUGAAAGAGGGGGAAGUGGAUGUCGCGACUGAGUACUCUGUCCCGUUAUCACCGGGACCCGUGUUGGUGGUGAACCGCGCGGUGCCGUUGUGGGAGUGUCGCACGUACGCGAGGAUAGUUUGCCCUGGAUUUUUCAAUCAUUUGCGAGAUAAGGCUCCAGGACCUCCUCCGCCUCCUCCUCUUCCUCUUCGACGCGGCCCUCCCUUCCUCAUCCUCACCUUCCCGGGUUUUCCUUCCUCUCUUACCUCCGUGAUUUGCUGUGUCCGCACACGGGGUAGAGGCUCGCGCUCACCGCGAGAGUACUGAAACCAGACCGCGAAGCGCCCCUGCCCCCUUCAGAUCAUCUCCUCACCUCCCUCUAAUUUCCCCUCCUUCUUAAUAUUUUUUUCCUCGGAGUUGGAGGAUUGGGGGGAUUUAUUUCAUUGUUACCCCUCAUUUUCAACGAACAACCGGACUGAGUGAUAUUUUUGGAGUAUUUUCUCGUUUUUUGAAGCCCCCGAAGAGGCCGGGCUGUGGACAGAGAAGCAGUGGGGAUGACUUUAGAGUCGAUGAUGGCCUGCUGCCUGAGCGAAGAGGCCAAGGAGUCGAAACGAAUCAACGCCGAGAUCGAUAAGCAGCUGCGCCGGGACAAGCGCGACGCGAGGCGGGAGUUGAAGCUGCUCCUGCUCGGUACGGGUGAAAGCGGCAAGAGUACAUUUAUCAAACAGAUGCGUAUCAUUCACGGCACCGGUUACACGGAUGAGGACAAGCGUGGCUUCACCAAGCUGGUUUACCAGAAUAUCUUCACGUCCAUGCAGUCCAUGAUCCGUGCCACAGAGAACCUGAAGAUUGGCUUCAAGUACGAGCAGAACAAGGCAAAUGCCAUGCUGGUGAAGGAUGUGGAUAUUGAGAAGUUGUCAUCAUUUGACCACCCCUACAUUAAUGCCAUAAAGAUGCUGUGGUCAGAUCCAGGCAUUCGAGAGGCGUACGACAGACGCAGAGAGUACCAGCUGUCAGACUCCACAAAAUACUAUCUAACCGAUCUGGAUCGUAUCGCCGAACCCUCCUACCUUCCCACCCAACAGGACGUGUUGAGGGUUCGAAUCCCGACCACGGGGAUUAUUGAAUACCCAUUCGACCUUCAAAGCAUCAUUUUCAGGAUGGUUGAUGUAGGAGGUCAGAGGUCAGAGCGCAGGAAGUGGAUCCACUGCUUUGAGAAUGUGACGUCUAUCAUGUUCCUGGUGGCUCUGAGCGAGUACGAUCAGGUUCUGGUUGAGUCGGACAACGAGAAUCGUAUGGAGGAGAGCAAGGCUCUGUUUAGGACGAUAAUCACAUAUCCAUGGUUCCAAAACUCCUCGGUCAUCCUCUUCCUCAACAAGAAAGAUCUGCUAGAGGAAAAAAUCUCCUACUCGCACUUGGUCGACUACUUCCCAGAGUUUGAUGGGCCCCAGAGGGAUGCUCAGGCCGCACGGGAGUUCAUCCUGAAGAUGUUUGUUGAUCUGAAUCCUGACAGCGACAAGAUCAUCUACUCACAUUUCACCUGCGCGACCGACACCGAGAACAUCCGCUUUGUGUUUGCAGCGGUGAAAGACACCAUCCUACAGCUGAACCUGAAGGAAUACAACUUGGUGUGAGACAUGUGACGGUCCGACACGAUCACAUGAUCAGCACAGAACAGGCACCUACAGAGUGUGCGCACACCUACGUCCACACACAACAGUCAUACAAACACACACACAUAUACAAACACAUUUAUGCAUUCAGUAACACAUGGCUCUUGAGAUUUUCCUUUUUUCCCCCCAGCUUCCAGAGUUUCCACUUUCUGUCCAGCGGAAUCGUAACGGACAGCUUAUCGUUUUUUUUCUUCGCCAAAGUCUGUCCGCUCCUGCCCGGCAGCUUUCGUCAAUGGCCUCUUUCCCUUUUAUCAAAUUUGAAGACACCAAAAAUGUCUCGAAUUUGGCAUAGGGCGUUAGACUCUGACUUGCUGCUCCAACAUUCCAAGAAAGUAUUCCAAUAAAAUGUUGGAUUGGCAAAGCUGUGAUGAGCUUGUGGAUGGAACAAUCUGCGAUCCGCUGGCCUGAAAACUGGAAGUGACGUUCCUUCCCGUUCGUGCACUAUCACUCUCUCCAAUCACGUCAUCGGUUCUGAGGAUGUCUCGUAAUUCUGCCUGGAAGAAUUGAAAAUGUGUUUCCACAAAGAAUAAAAAUAAUAAAAAUAAAAAAAACACACAACAUAUUUACAUAAUUGUUCAUGGACACAAGGACAAGUGCUGUGGUGCCAGAAAGUUCCGAAUAGAUCCAUUGGAUCUUUCUAGAAUUCAGAGGAUUCUGGCGGAUUCUAGAAUCCAGUGGGUUCCUGUGGGAUCCACUGAUGGUGUGGAGAUCCUUUUUGUUUCCCGCAGAGAUGAUAAUCUCGAUGUGACUAGUCUUCAACUUGCAUCGAUGAAUGUAAACUUAAUGUAUGAGCAUCACAAAUGCAAAAAAAGACAAAAAAAUAUAAUGAACGAAAAUAGUGUAAGAAUGCCAGCGAAACGACACAAAGCACGAGAGAGAUGAAACUAAUUAAAUAAAUCUGUGUAUAUUGCUGAGAUCAUUUUAAAAUAUUUUUAAUUAUAAGUAACUAGCUACUUCUACUGCUAUCGAAUAUAAAAUAUAUUAUAACAGCAGUCGAAUAAAUGAUGGUUAAGAGACGUUACAGAUUUUUAAUGUGUGUGCGAAGGAUUAUAUACAAGCGAUAGGUAUUUGUUCUGCAGAUUUCCUCAUUUAAAAUGAUUGCAUUGCUUCCUUCCCCACCGUUUUUUAUCUUUUGUAGUCUUUCCUUCCUCCCCGGUUAAGUUUUCAUUUUACGACAGCAGCUGUCAGCCUAGUUUCAAACUAACGGUAGUUAUGUGACUUGCAGUCGUAACGCUCAGAGUGCACGAUUAGUUAUUAUUUAACUCAUGCACAGAUACUAUAUCAGUUGAGAAUCUGGGUUGUAGAUG